AACUCUCUUUCUCUUUCAACAAGGUUCUCUUUAAAAUAAUAUUCUCAUUUUUCACACCACACUCAACCUCCUCCUUCUCCUUCUCUUCAUGCCUUCCUUACCUUAUUCUCCCUCUUCCUACAUGGCUUCUCCCUUAUCCUCCUCCUCCUCAUCCACUUCUCCCAUUCUUUUCAAGUGAGAAGGAGUUCAAUUUUCAUUUAGUCAUGGAGAGCUACAAUGAUGAUCUUCACACAAACACCCAAGAAGAAGAACAAGCGUCAAUGGAGAAGAAGUAUGGAGGAAUUGCUCCAAAGAAGAAGCCUCUCAUCUCAAAGGACAACAAACGUGCGUACUUUGAUUCUGCUGAUUGGGCUCUUGGGAAGCAAGAGAGCAACGCAGGACUUCAGAAUAGAGUUCAAGUGGAAUCCCUCAAACCCAAAUUGCAGGUAUGUUUUUUAAUUAAUUAAUAUAUUAAUGAUAAUAAUAAUUUUUUAUAUGAAAAAUGAUUUAUUAAUACAUAUAUAUAUAUAUAAAAAUCAUUGUGUAGUCAAUUCAAACAGAACAUAAUGCAUAUUAAUUGCAUAAAAAUGUGGUGAAAUUGAAACCACUCAAUUUGAAUAAAAAAUAAAAAAAUAAAUAAAUAAUUUGAGAGUGAAAGCAAACACCACUCAAAUAUCUCUUGUUAUUAUCCAUCAAUUUUAUUAUAUUCUCAUUUAAAACAAAAUUCCAUUUUAAUUUCCAUCUCGCUCAGUGCAUAUAUUUAUUAACAUAAAUAUUAAACUUAACCACCGACACUAUAUUGAGAUUGACUAAUAGUACCAAUCAAGCAACUAAAU